GAUCAGAGGUAGGUACCUAAAAGAAAACAUACCUGCUACUCUAGGUACCUAUACCUGACGUAGGCACAUAAGACAUUGUGAUCCACAUGAACAGUGUACGGAAGACUCUGCUCUCAACAUCCCUAGCAGUUACUCUCCGCUUACAUUGCCACGAAGGCUUCAAACAUACCAUCAUUAGCCGGUAACCCACACAUCUCUACGUCUUCUUCUCAUCACAGCUUUUGUAGUAGGGUAGCAGGGCCUUACAAUGGAUGAUCUGAGAGCAUACCUCCCACCGGCCAAGGGCUAUUUGCCAUAUUACAUGUUUGGCCUCUCUAUUCUUGCUGUCGGCAACUCUCUACAAAACUACCUAACACUCCAUUACUCGCGACGUCUCUACAACGGCCAGUUCGUACCGAACUCUUCGCUCCCCAAGAAAACGGCCUCCUUCGAUCCGGAGGACUCGACGCGGAAGCUCGUGUCGACAUCCGCAACAACGUUCAGCUCCAAGGGGGCCCGCACUCAAGACCAGGUCACGCCGCUUGCGGCAAGGUUAUUCGGCACCUACACUCUCAUAUCGGCCAUCGUCCGCAUCUACGCGAGCUACAACCUACACCUAGCUCCCGUGUACAAUAUUGCUCUAUGGACUUAUGCGGUUGCACUCGUGCACUUUGGAUCCGAAUGGGCCAUCUACCGGUCAGCCCGCCUCGGCGCCCCGAUUUUGUUUCCUUUUUUCUUCGCUUCAGUCGGGAUAGUGUGGAUGGUUAGUCAGUAUAAUUUCUAUGUUGAAGCAUGAGCCUGGAAAUGUAGACAGUUACGAAUCUCCAUGCCGUAAGAGAGGGAGAGGGAUCAACCGGGGCAGCCUACGAUCUCUCCUGGCUCAAUGAAUGAUGAUC